CGCGGCCUGAGCCGCCCUCUGCACGGCGUUCGGUUCCCGGGCCUGCAGGCGACGGUGAGGCGGUCCUGACCUCUCGGCGCGGACCCUGCCUCGGUGCUGGCUGCGGGAACGUCCUGGUUGCUCGCCGGCGCAGGUCCCUUUAAGGGCCCGGCCCUCCGCAGAGCGCACGUGAGCGGCCUCCGGAAGCCUGAGCGGAGCCUCUACUCCAACUCUUUGCGGGCCAAGGAAGUCAUCUGCCCGGCACCUCUGACGUUAGUGGAAACUGAGGCCCAAGAGAGGGCCCAAGCGCCAGAGUCCUGGAGCCCUGCCGGACUGGAUGCUAUGAGUUGCUAAAAGUGAGCCUGGCUUUUUUAGCUGCCUUGGGGUGCUGAGAGGGAGUCCCAGAACCAUGCCGGAUCUCCUACUCCUGGGCCUGAUUGGGGCCCUGACUCUGCUGUUGCUGCUGACGCUGCUGGCCUUUGCUGGUUAUUCAGGACUGCUGACUGGGGUGACAGUGAGUGCUGGAUCACCCCCAAUCCGCAACAUAACUAUGGCCUACAAGUUCCAUGUGGGGUCCUAUGGUGACACUGGAUACCUUUUCACGGAGAGCUGCAGCAUCUCUCCCAAGCUCCGUUCCAUCGCUGUCUACUAUGACAACCCCCAUACGGUGCCUCCUGAGAAGUGCCGCUGUGCAGUUGGCAGCGUCCUGAGUGAGGGCGAGGAGCCGCCCUUGCCUGAGCUCAUCCACCUCUAUCAGAAAUUUGGCUUCAAGAUAUUCUCCUUUCCAGCACCUAGCCAUGUGGUCAUAGCUACCUUCCCUUACACCACCCCCAUAUCCAUCUGGCUGGCUGCCCGCCGAGUCCACCCUGCUUUGGAUGCCUACAUCAAGGAGCGGAAGCUGUGUGCUCACCCUCGGCUGGAGAUCUACCAGCAAGACAAGAUCCAUUUCAUGUGCCCACUGGCGCGGCAAGGAGAUUUCUACGUGCCAGAGGUGAAGGAGACAGAGCGGAAAUGCCGGGAGCUCAUGGAAGCCACUGACACCCAGACGGAUGGCACAGGAGCUGAUACAAGUGAUGCAAGUUCUGGCAGCCUGGAGGUUCGCCCUAGCAGCCGGGAGACUUCAGCCACCACACUUUCUCCUGGGGCAAGCAACCGUGGCUGGGAUGAUGGCGACAACCGCAGCGAGCACAGCUACAGUGAAUCGGGUGCCAGCGGCUCAUCCUUUGAGGAGCUGGACCUGGAGGGCGAGGGGCCCUUGGGGGAACCCCGACUGAACCCUGAAGCCAAGCUUCUGGGGCCUCCUCGGGAGCUCAGCACCCCUGAGAGGGGUGAGGAGUAACGAUGAGCCCUCAACCUUCUGUGGUGCAUUGACUAAGGAACUGAGCAAACUCUCCAGCCCUCUUUGUCCUUAACCUGCCUAGCUCGGGCUGGGAGUACCAGGAGCCUGAGUUCUCCUGCUCCAAGCCUGAACCUCCUUCCUCACUGCCCGUUUGGCUCCUGGGGCCGAAGGAGCCAGAGACUGUUAUCUGCACCAGCCUCCUGGGCUGCCAACUUAGCAGACUCUUAUUGGAGCUUCCAGAACCCAGAAUAAAGUGAAUUACUUUCUUGUUUCACCUGGA